GUGCUCUGUGUUUGCUUUGAAGUGCCCCAUGCAUCUGCAGGCUCUGCUCCUCACUUCUUCCUGACGCCCUCCACAGUGACAUCUGUCAUGGAUGGAGUUUGCAAUGUAAUAGCCUCUUCUGCUACAAAUCCUGAGGCUUCACGACUCAUCUAUCUGCCAGGCAAAGUGUUUCCUGACCUUUUUAAGAAAGCUGGAGACGGCGAAGCAGCCGGACUGGAGGGUGCCCCAUCUGCCUGGAACCAAAACAGCGUCGCUGAGAGUCCUGGAGGGGAGGAAACUUGCAGCUCGGAGCCAGCAGUGCGGGCUGAGAGCUUGCAUGACCUCCCCUUCCCCCAUAGAGGGAAGAUUGGACUGGCUGCUAUUGUAUUUGAGCAUAGCAGUGCUGCAUGGAGCCAAGGACGUCUCAGUUUCUCCUGUUGCUCUGCCAGUGAGGGGACACAAAGAGCCGAGAAGGGACAGCACCGGGACAGCAGAUCAAAAGGAUAUCCCAUACCAAAAGGGAUCAUGCUGAGUCUGCAGAUACUGGAGUGCAGCCCACGGGCCGGGAGGGGAAGGCUGCAGUUUGGCUUUUGCUCCCUGACCACCAGCCAGCUCCUAUCUCGGGAUGGAUCCAGCAGCAGCGCGGGUGCUCGCAUCCAAGAGCCCCAUUGCUCUGCCAGGGCCACACAGGAUGUUCCAAGAUUGGCCAAGAUUCUGUUUGGAAAUAGAAGCAUCCUGCUUUCCAGCCCGUAAUACUCCUCGUUUGGAAUUGUGAGCUGAGUAUCGCAUGAAUGGGGCUUCUUUGCUGAAGGUUUGAGAGAAUUGAAACCAAAUGUUUAAAGCUAUGUGUCCAAAAUGCGUGGCUUGACUGAACUCCGACUGUUGUGUUUUUUUAAACUAUAAACAAUAUUGAGAUUCUCGCUAUUUAUCCCCACAUGCCUUAAGAAUUGUUUGAAAUUCUUUAGACAUUUUUUCAAGAACUCAAAACCUGUUUCCCAUGUAUGUUUGUGCUGGCAGCUGAUAUCUAAAGGACAGCUCAGCUCCUCUGAUUUCCCUUUAGCUGUGCAGUCCAGAAUGGGGCAGGAUGAGCUCUCUAGGAACCUUUUCCAACGGCCUUAAGUUGUGCCAGAGGAGGUUCAGGCUGGAUGGUAGGAAACAUUUAUUCUGCGAAGGAGUGGUGAUGAAAGGGCACAGCUGCCUGGGGAGGUGGAGGAGUCACUGUCCCUGGAGGUAUUUAAGAACCAUGGGGACAUGGGCA